AACUACAACUACUUUGGCCACGCAGCGUUUUUGACGAGCUGUGAUGGCCGGAGGGGUAAACUUGCAAUGUAGUCAAGUAGAUCAUGAUGUUUUGGUGCUAUUCUACUUCUUAUUUCGGCUAAAAACUUGUUUUCUCUGUGAAUUCCAGUGCUCAUACACCUUAUUACCAGUACUUGUUCUGCUAGUGUUGUGAUUGAAGAGGCUGCAAGCACCCAGUGGAAGGAAGCUGUUAAGAAGGUAGAUUGAGAUUUUGUUCUUAAUCCUCCUUUACCAGUUAAGUGUUAAUGAAGCGAGCCCCACCACCUGCCACAUCCCCCAAGUGUCAUUAGGUACUUACUUAUAACCGAGACGUGUUAUUUGUCUAUAUCGAUGGAUUCUACUACCUAUUUAAUGUAACACCGUGUGCAUAAGCACAUCCCGUUAUCUACAUUACUAGACUGCCCUCAACGCCAAGCCCCUCGCACUGGAUUGCCUAUCAACAGGGAGGUGGCAUUUUCGGUAAUUACAGGGACAACAGGGGCCUUUACUGAAGCGGGCAACUUUUGGGCAGUUGCCGUUUACGGGGCGUUUAGUUUCCCACCUUUUUCUUUGGCGGGUACAUGAAACCCCAACGGACGAAAAAGCCUCCCAAAGAAGCACGAAAGAGCAACGCUUUAGCGCGGCUGCAGAGCCAAAAGAACGGGAAGAAGGCGACAGACUUAACCCUCCCUCCUCGGUUGCCACUCUCACAUUUACUCAUCGAUCGCGCCUUCGACGUCCCUCCGCAACAUCCAUCCACCGUCACUUCCGCAUCGCCGUGCCUCCCCUUUGCUCCGGUGGCCGUCUCGCAUGGAGCCGUUCGAGCCGGCCUCUGAGCCGGGACAGCCCCGCGCUGACCCCGAGACGGUACUGGAAGGAUCGAUGUGGAAGAUGGAAUUGGGCAGCGAGGAGCCUCCGGCGUAUCCUGAGAGGCAUGGCCGGCCUGACUGUGCCUACUACAUGCGGACCGGGACAUGUGGUUUUGGUGAUGGCUGCCGCUACAAUCACCCCCGUGAUCGCCGGAUGGUAGCCAGAGCAGCGAGAACUGGAUCUGCACAACACCGGGAGCACACUAGCCGACCUGCAUGCAGGUAUUUUGUCAGCUACGGGAGUUGCAAAUUUGGUGAUACAUGCAAGUAUGAACACCCAAAGCCAGAUGGAUCUGUGAUACUGGCAUCUUUAAAUAAAUAUGGCUAUCCAUUACGUCCGGGUGAGAAAGAAUGCUCCUAUUAUAUCAGGACAGGCCACUGCAAGUUUGGAUUAACUUGUAAAUUCAACCACCCUGAACCCUCGUUGCCCUUGCCAGCAUCACCAUCUUAUUCUAUUGUUCAGCCCACUAUAUCUCCUUCGCAUCAACAGUACCCUGUAAUUACCAGUUGGGAAGUUGGUAGAUCGUCGAUGUUGCCUGCGUCAUACAUGCAAGGACCUUACGGCCCAAUGUUGCUCUUCCCUGGGAUCAUGCCAGACCCUGGCUGGAGUACCUUUCCGGUCACUCCAAGUCCUCUAAUAUCUACCGGUGGAGAACAGAAUACUGUCCUAGAAGAAUCACAACACGAUUCAGCAGCACAGAUUUCUCGUUUGCAUCCUGCUCAUACAGAAUCUUAUCCAAUGGCUGCCUCGGUUAGUCCAUCAACCAAUAAUCAGACUGAAAACGUGCUUCCAGAGAGGCUUGAUGAACCUGAUUGCCAAGACCAUAAGAGAACAAGCUAUCGUAAAUUAGGAUCCAGAUGCACAUCUCAUCAUCGUACAGAGAAUAUCCCACCAGAAACAAGCUGUGUCUUUAGCCUUAUUGGCCAUCCUCUUCAUCCGUUUUCUUCAGGCUAACAAGCUAGAGUGAGGACAUAAGAAGCUAGCAGGUACUCUUCCUCAUCAAAUCAUUUCAUAUGGAAGCCAUUGGUAACUCAGAGUCAUCUGAAGUUCAUCGUCUACUUUGCAUACUGUUGGGUUGCAGUUCUGACUCAAAAACUAGUGUCUUGGCAUAUGCACUGUGUAUAUCAGUUGCUCAUGUUUCUUGUUUUAUCUCAUGUAUAUAUACAUGAUGUAGAAAUGAGUUAUUACUUAUGUGACAUUAAAUGCUUAAUAAGUGCUUAAUAGAACAAUUGAACAUAGUAGUUCUUGACUCCUUGUAAUUUCAAUUGAACAUAAGUACAGGUGAGUCCAUUCCAGCCAACAAGA